GUUUGGCAGUGUUUGUUGGCUUGCAACUGCUUGCAACCCCAUAACCAUCAAUAUCCCCUCAGAAUCAGUUUCAAUCAGACCGUCCUCAGAAUAAAAAAUGGGUUCCUCCAAACGCCACAAAUCCGAUAAAUCCCGCGAAGUGAAGAAACGUCGUCACCGGAGUCGAACCCGCUCUCGAUCCCGUUCAAGAUCGUAUUCUCCAGAGAGACACAGUAGCAGGCACCACAAGAAGCACAAGAGGAAAGAACGCAAGGAAUACGACAGCGAUGUGGAGAUCGUGAGUGCCCCACCGCCUCCAAAGAUCUCGAGACCCCCCGAAGAUGCCCCACCGCCCCCAAAGAUCUCGACGAAGCCCCGGAGUCCCUCCCCUAAGGGAGGCGCAGCUGUCCUCAGCUGUUCCAUCGAGGAAACCAACAAACUUCGUGCACAACUGGGUCUCAAGCCCCUGGAAGUCGACUCAGGCCCCUCGAAGGAGGACCCCAACAAGCUCAAGGACGACCUCGGCGAGUUCUACCACAAGCCAGCGGAGAACGCAGCUAGCACAGCCCAGACCCAAAAAUACCGAGAGAGGAUAGAGACUCACAAGCAGAAACGCAAGAUCGAGGCUACUCUCUCCAAAGUUCAUCUCCUGGGAGAGGACGACUCCAACGAUGACGCCAACCUGUGGGUGGAGAAGAACCGAAAGCUCGCUGAGGAGAAGAAGAAAGCCGAGGACAGAGCCAAACUCCUGGAGGAGAUGGAAGCGGUCUUCGGAGUUGAGUCCUUGGUGAAGGAAGAAGUCCAGAGCGAGAGGAAGCAAGCAUACACUGAGAGGGACUUGAGGGGUCUCAGGGUGGAGCACGACAUCGAGAACUUCGCCGAGAGGAACGUAAUCCUGACCCUGAAGGACAAAGCGGUCCUGGAUGACGAGGAGGACGUCCUGGAGAACGUCAACAUGAGGGAUGAUGAGCGAUACAAGAGGAGCGUAAUCAACAAGAAGAAGAAGCCUGGUUACGACGCCUACGACGACGACAACUUCGAUGAGUUUGGUCUACCGAAGAAUAAAGUCCUCGAGAAGUACGACGAGGAGAUCGACGGGGAGCAAAAGCAGUCCUUCGCCCUGGGGAUCGACAGUGCCAAGGAGGCGGAUGAGCGGAGGUCUGUGAUGAUCAAGCAGAAGCUUGCGAACAAACGACUGGAGACCAUCAAAAUUACGGAGCUCAAGCUCGCGAGUGAAUACUACAACGAGGAGGAAUUAUCUAAAUUCAAGAAGGUCAAGAAGAAGAGGAAGGUGAAGAGGUCGCUGAGGAACAAGGUCCUCACGGCUGACGAUUUAAUCCCGGAUACUGAUUACCUCAGGGACCUUGGCAGCAGGAGGAGAAAACGUCCGGGUGAUUCGUCAGUUCGUGAUCCUGUCAAGGAGGAGAUCAAGACAGAGGAGGAUUACAGGGAGGAGCUGCAACUCAGUCGAAAGCAGCAGAAGCUGCUGAAGCCGAAGAAGAAGAGUCUGGAGACGAUUAGAGAUUUCAUCAAGACAGAAGUCGAGGAGGUGGAGGACAAUGGAGGGACUAUUGAGUUCGUUGCCACUGCUGAGUUCUGCAGGACUCUUGGGGACAUCCCGACUUAUGGCCUGGCUGGGAACAGGGAGGAUAACGACCAGGACAUGAUGGACUUUGAGGAACCGGAGGUGAGGGAUGAGGUCAUGCAGGAGGAGGAUGAUGGACGUGGGGCCUGGAAUACUGUCGAGGUGGAGGAGAAGUUGGCAGAGCCUGUGGCUGUUGAGGCUGCCAUUCUGGAUAUUGAACCCUCUCUGGGGCAGGGGGUGGGGGGAGCGUUGAAGCUGGCGAUGAGUAAGGGCUAUCUGCAGAAGGAAGACACUAAUAGACCCUCUGUCAGUCGUUUUGCUCAUCUCCAGGCGCAGAAUUACUCCAUCGAGGAUAAGACCUAUGGGGAUGACGAUAAGUUCGGGAGGAGGGAUCGGUUCAAUGGACCCACUUCUGAGUUCAAGGAGAGGGACGGGUUCAAGCCCAAUCCGAAGUUGGAGUAUAUUGAUGAUGAUGGACAUGUGCUGACGCCUAAGGAGGCUUUCAGGUAUCUGUCGCACAAGUUCCAUGGGAAGGGACCGGGGAAGAACAAGGUGGAGAAGAGGAUGAAGAAGGCGGAGCAGGAGGUGCUCAUGAAGAGGAUGUCCUCCACUGAUACUCCGUUGGGGACGCUGAACCUUCUCCAGGCCAAGCAGAAGGAGACUCAGUCGCCUUUUAUUGUGUUGAGUGGGAGCAAGCAGAUGAAUACUACGAUAUCGAAGUCUAAACACUGAUUUUGAGGGAGUUCGUGGGGGAGUGGGGAAAUGAGAUGAGUUAACGAAGGACUUUAGUUUCUAGUGGAUUCUGGGCGAAGGGACGUGGCGACGUUUUUUUUGGGGACAGUGGGACAAAAUGAAACGGCCGGAAAAGGAUUUUUUGACGCAAUUCAAGCAAAAAAGGUU